UUUUCAUUUUUUCUACCAUAAAUUUGUUAACGAAAUAUUUGUGUAUGUUGCUAUUCAUAGUCCAAUGAUCUGUGUAUCUCUUGUUAAUGUUGUUGCUGAAUGCUGAUGAUUUCUUGAUUUGAUUCUUACACUGUGAUUUCAAUGCGCUAGUUCUAGGGUUUUUCAUUUGAUUUGCUGUGUAUGGAGGAAGAGGGUUGGAAUAGUGAGAGUGAUUCUACUAGUGUUGGAAACAAUUGCCAAGUUUUGGAACCACAAAUGAAGAGACCUAGAACUCUUCAAGGCCUGAAAAAUCACAAUGUUGGGGGGGUUGAAAGGAAGAUUGAUCAGAAGGUUGUUCAUGAGUUCAUUGCGCAAAUGGUCACAGAACAUGAUCUUCCCUGUGAGUUUGUUGAGUGGAAUGGAUUUCAAGCACUCACUAAGUACAUUUCGUCUGAUCAGGCUCAGUGUGUUUCUAAUUCUAGAGAUUAUGUUGCUGCUGAUGUGAUGAGGGUUUACUUGCUUGAAAAACAGAAGCUCAAAAGGGAAUUGGCUAGUGUUCGCGGGAGAUUGUGUUUAACCUUUCGACACUGGACUUCUGAGGCUGCUCAUGGGUAUUUUACUCUAACAGCUCACUAUGUAGAUGAGGAUUGGAAGUUAAAUGCAAAGUUGUUGAAUUUCGGUCACAUGGCACCUCCACAUAGUGAUUUUGAGCUAUCAAGAAAGUUGGAUCGUUAUCUGUGCGGGUGGGGGAUAGAGAGGAAGAUUUUCUCUAUUACUGUGGAUAAUGCUUCUGCUUCUGCUUCUGCUUCAUCCAAUGAUGAAUUGCAGAACUCUAAAGAAAGACCUUGCUAUUGGGAUGGUGUGCUGAGUGAUGGAGAGUUCUUCCAUUUUAAGUGUGGUGCUCAUAUCUUGGAUUUGAUUGCUCAAGAGAGUUUGAAGGUUGUGAGUGAUUUCACACACAAAAUAAGGAAGAGUGUGAAGUAUGUGAGUGUGUCAUUCACGAGGUUGAAACAAUUUUAUCAAUAUGUUGAAGAAGUUGGUGGUAUUGAUACUAAGGAUGGCUUGCAUUUGGAUGUAUCGGGUAAAUGGAAUUCCACUUAUCGGAUGCUUGAGAGUGCAAUCAAAUUUCGCCGUGCCUUUGAAUGCUUGCGUUCUGAUAUGAAGUAUAAGCACUGUCCAACAAAUGAAGAAUGGGAAAGAGGAGAGAAGAUCUGCAAAUUCUUGAAGGCUUUUUAUGAACUUUCUAGUAGGAGUUAUGGAUCUACAUGUCGUACAAUCAACCUUUAUUUAUAUAGAAUUUUGUGGAUAAUAGAGCUUUCAUUGAGAAAGAUGAAGUUGAGGGAAGAUCGUGUGAUAAAAGAUAUGGCUGGAAAGAUGCUGGACGAGUUUGAAAAGUAUUUGAGUGAGUAUAGCAUGAUUCUUGCAUUUGCUUUUGCUCUUGAUCCUAGUCGGAAGCUUAAAUAUUUGGAGGAUGCAUACUACAGAUUAUAUGGUGAUAUUAAUGUGGCUAAAGAUAAGGUGAACAAUGUGAGGAAAGCUUUAUCUGCUCUUUUUAAGGAAUAUGCCAACAAAGGUGCAUCAACUUCAAGUAAUUUGGAUUCACGUGUUACUAUAAGGAAAAGCGGUUCGACUAUGAGCGAUCCGCUAAUGGAUUCUUGGAUAGAACAUUGUGAAAGGGAGAUACAAAAAAAAUACGAUGCUGGAAUGACUCAACUUGAUCUGUAUUUUGAAGAGAUACCAUCAGAUUAUGGUUAUAAGACUGCCUUAGACUAUUGGAAAAACCGCAGUCAUCAAUAUGUUGAUGUUGCACUGAUGGCCAGAGAUGUAUUGAGCUUCCCAAUAUUCGCAGUGGCAUCUGAAUCCGCUUUUAGUAUUGGUAGUUCUAUUUUGAACAAGUAUAGAAGUUGUAUGCUUUCGGAAAAUCUGCAAGCUCUCAUAUGCUCCCAUAAUUGGUUAUAUGGAUUCUCACAUACUGAUCAAUUUGGAGAUAUGAUGGAGGGGACAAAGAGAAUUGAGAUAAAUCUAUCUAAGCUAGAUUCAAAUGUUAUUGUUAAGUAUGAGAGCGAGGAUGAAGAUUGAUAUGUUUGAACUUUCAAGGGUAUGUUUUGACAUAUGACAUGUAGUUGGUGUUUAUAAUCUUUACAUGCGUUGGUAUUUUUGUCCAACUUGGAUUCCACAAGUUCUGAGGUAUAAUGUUUUGGAUUUUUUGUCCUCCCAAAGGCUAGAUAUGGGUGAAGAUGGGAGGUUAAGGACAAAAUGUAAUGCAUGUUACCAAUGGUAAUCAAAUGAUCAAUAGCAAAACGAAUUUCCCAUGUUGUCACAAAGCAGAGAUGUGAUUGAGUUGAACAAAAAGAAGCUACAGAAUUCCCAAUUUGUU